AUGGAGGGUAAACUGCUCACAGGAGGUGAGGACUAUGAAAAAGUCAACCCCAAGGAUUAUCUGACCACCUACUAUGCGUUUGACUCAGGCACCGUGGCUGAAAACAAAAUCCUAAAGUUUAACCUGGAGAAACUCUUCCAGACCUUCUGGAAAGGAGGCAUGGGGGGUGACCUCCUGAUCAACAUUGGCUCAAGCCCCACUGUCUACCAGUUGCUUUCCGCACGUGAAGCUUUCCAAGAGAUCAUUGCCACAGACUACACUUCCAAGGACCUGCAAGAGCUACAGAAAUGGCUGAAUAAUGACCCAGGGGCCCAUGACUAGUCCCCUGCCAUGCAGUAUGUGUGUGCACUGGAGGGAGACAGAAGCAAGUGGCAAGACAAGGAAGCUAAGCCUAGGACAGUCACCCAUGUGCUGAAGUGUGACCUGAACAAGAACCCCCCACUGGGAUCAGUUCAGAUGCUGCCAGCCGACUGUGUUCUAAGGCUUCUGGCCCUGUAUUAUGCCUGUCCCAAUGUGGAUGCCUACCAGGAAGCCCCGUGCAGCCUUGCUAGCUUGCUGAAGCCAGCCUCACCAGGUAAAGAAACCUGCCUGAAGACCUCCCAACAGGCAGGUGCUUUCUGAAGCCUGGAC